AUGGGAAUUACAAAGGAGUUCCUGAGAAAUCAUUGCAAGCAGAAUAAACUGUAUCUGACCCCUUACCUGAAUGACACACUCUACCUGCACUUCAAAGGUUUCUCCACCAUAGAGAACCUGGAGGAGUACUCUGGGCUGAAGUGCCUGUGGUUGGAGUGUAAUGGCCUGCAGCGAAUCCAGAACCUGGGGGCCCAAACGGACCUGCGCUGCCUCUAUCUGCAGCAGAACCUGAUCCACAGGCUGGAGAACCUGGAGCCACUGAGCAAACUGUGCACCCUCAACCUCUGCAACAACUACAUCCAGGUCAUCGAGAACAUCUCAUGCCUUCCUAAGCUGAGCACUCUGCAGCUUGCUCACAAUAAGCUGCAGACGGUGCAGGACGUCGCGCACCUGGCCGACUGUCCCAGCAUCAGUGUGCUCGACCUGUCACACAACAAGCUCAGUGACCCAGACAUCCUCACUGUCCUGGAGGUCAUGCCUGAUCUACGAGUGCUGAACCUGAUGGGAAAUGAGGUCAUCAGGAAGAUCCCCAACUACAGGAAGACUCUGAUAGUGCGUCUGAAGCAGCUGACCUACCUGGACGACAGACCAGUGUUUCCCAAGGACAGGGCGUGUGCAGAGGCGUGGGCAGAGGGAGGGUUGGAGGCGGAGAGGAGAGAGAGGGAAGCGUGGGAGUCCCGGGAGAGAAAGAAGAUCCAGGACAGCGUGGAUGCCCUGAUCGCCAUCCGGGACAGAGCAAGGGAGAGACGCAGACUCAAGGAGGAGCAGGAGAGAGCUGGGUCUGCUGCACAGUCCUCUGUGGCAGUGGAAAGCCAGGACCCUCUCAGCGAAUCCAAGGGCUCCGCCCUGCCAGAGAGGACCGAAGCCUUUGUGCAGCAGAGUCUUCAGGCCCACGAGGAGUUCCUGGAGGCGGUUGCCAGGGGGGAGCCCCCUGGCAUUGUCAUGAGAGCCAUGCUCAGCCAACAAGCGAUGGGCAAGCCCAGCCAAACACAGAGACGGAAACGCAGCCGAUGA